AAAGCGUAUCUAUACCAAAAAGAGUAAAGAAAACCCAACCGAGCUCGAGAGCUACGAAAUCAAAAUCUAGGCACUGAGGAUCUGAGAUCCGAGGAGUAUCCGAGACGGAGAUGCAGUCCAUGGCGCACGAGGAAUCUUCCUCGUCGGCGGAUCAUCAUCAGUCGCCGAAGCAACACUGUUCUAUUCCCUCCGGCGAUAACUCUGUCUGGGCUGAUGUCUCGCCUCUCCUCUCCGCCGCAUGCCGAGACCUUCAGGAUGGUGAGCUCAUUCAUGGAGAUAAUUUUAAUCUUUAUGCCGCAAUGUCUGCAUUGGAGAUAAUGGACCCAAAGAUGGAUUCUGGUAUGGUGUCUAGAUUUUAUUCUAUUGAUGAAGCGAUUGAAAGUGGUGUCGCUCCAGUGCCUAUAAGCUCUGAUAGGACCGUUGAUGUGCAGUGCAUUAUUGACAUCAUGGAUCAUCUCCUCGCAUGUGAGGCAACAUGGCACAAGGGUCAUUCAUUGGCACAAACUGUGUUUUCGUGCAUCUAUCUUCUGAGGCCUGAGAGGACGUCUUCACAUGCUAUAUUGCAUUCUUAUUGCAGGGUGAUACGUGCAACUUGCAGGGCAGUUGUUUCUGCUGUUUCAGAUGCACGCACAAAUGAAGAGGAGGAUCUUUUUACGAUGACAUAUGGUCUUCCUCUGAAUGCGGAUGAAGACAGCAAGGGGCUGUCUCUGUUAAAUGCUGUCGAAGAGACCAUCAGCCGUCAGCUGCGGGCUUGUAGGGCUCCAUCAUCAAAAAGGAGAGCAUUGGAAGAAUUAGAGCCAUUGCAAAUGAAUCUCGAAUUGGAAGAGAGCUAUUGCAAAGCUCUGUUAUGCCGGAUACGUUUCCGUAAGCAUUUUCUACAUGCUCUUAAUUGUAUUAGACGGCCUCAAGGACGUGGUCUGGAAUUGGCAAGAAAACACAUAGGCUCUUGCAUAUCAGAGUUAGAUACCAUUCUUAAGUCAGCUGAAUAUCUGAGAUCAGAUGCUGUGGGAACUGUUGAAAAUGAUAUGGAAGAGAGGACAACGUCAUCAGGUCAUCAACCGGUUGGAUUUGAUGCUAGUAUAAACAAAAGACUAUCAGCUCCCACUCCACCACGUUCUAUCAAACUUCUCUCUUGGAAAAAGGCUCUUGAAUACUUUGUGAAACUUCUUCACAAUCUGGACCAGAUUUGUUCAUUCUCAUUAGAGCCAGAUUUGGAUGCUGUCCUGCGCUUUGUGGUUCAAUUUCAAAAAUCUGAACCUGAUCUUGUCUCUAGGGCUCAUCUCCAGCUUCUUCUGGUGCAAGAUGGGAAACUCUAUGGACGUGAUCCCCUUUUCGCUAUUAUUACCCGUGCUGCUGCCUUGCCUGAGUUCACAAAAAACCAUGAUAUUCAAAAGAACGAGUGUAUUGUCCAACUUGGACAGUUGGUGAUUAAUCUACUUAAAAUACUUUGUACUAAUACCGCAUGGCAAAGGCGUAAGCUUGGGAAAAUCUUAAAUGAUUGGCGCAUCAUUUAUGUACAGUUAGAGCUUUCUGUCAGGCAUGAGUUUGGAGAUUCAACUGGCAUUCGAAAUAGUGAGGAUAUAUCUGUGAGGAUUGUAAACCAUUUACUCAAUUGGAUACAAGAGGAAAUGUAUUGGAUCGCCUCUCACUUUCUCAAGUUGGGGUUUGAGUUAGAUCUCUAUUCCCAGAGUGAAUAUUGCAUGAUAUACUGGUAUAUGUAUAUUAUACUUUUCAAGCUCGGUGAGACAACACAUUUCAAGACAGCGCUUGCUGCUGACAGUGCAAAAAAGAAGACAAAGAAAAAAAAGGAUUCUCCAAAGGAUGUGGUGACUCGAGAAACACAGGUUUCUCCUCCGGUACUAUUUGUCCAGUGCCAGAUGUGCCUCGCAGAAGGGCUCACAAUGCUGCUUGCUGCUUUGAGGAAUGAAGGGAUGGAUUUACCAAGUUCUGGACCUUUCAAUACUGAAAAUGAGAAAUUUAUGCAGCAUUUCGAACUUUUACAGAAAGCUUGUAUACCCGAUUAUAGCGCGUACCAGUCAUUCCGAGAAUCCACUUCUCACGCUUGUUUCCCAAUCCUUCUAGUUUACAACUACUUCAAAGACGCUCAAAAGAUGGCGAAAGAUCUAAAGAGCGGGUUCUCGAAGGAACCAGACAGGUUGGCUGAAGUGAGGAGGUUAGAACAAGUCGCGGAACAUAACGCCGUGGCCUUGAACCUCAUCUGCCGAGUCGGGGCGGUCGACCGAUCCCUCAAGGUAUCGUUCGAGUUCACUCACCAUCCUUAUUUCCCGACCGUUGUUGUCCGCAGAUCCUGAAAUCUCUCUCCGUUCUCUCAGUUUUUUUAAGAUUGGAAACAGCUUUUAUUUGCAUUUGCAUAUGCUUUUAGAGGCUAUGUGUACCCUUCAUGGUUUUUUCUUCGUUGUUAAAUCUUGUGUUUUGUGGGGAAAAAAGAAGAGAAUGUUGAUAACAUUGCAAUAGUAUAAAAACAUUCUGUUUAUGCUUUU